GACUGUCUCAGUCGUUCGUGAACCUCGAAGGACGACAGAGGUCGAAGAGGGCACGUUUCCUCCUCUUCUCGCCUUUCUCCACGUCCUUGCUCUUGAACACUACGCUGACUAUCGACCAAGUCCACGACCACGAUCACGACCACGACGGCUACUGCAACUGCAACUGCAACUGCUACUGCUGCUGUAUCAGCGUUUUUUUUAAUCUCGACACUCAAACCGUGUGGGAUCUUUGGUACUGAGAGAACUAACCGAGGUGCAGUGCCUUUCUGUUGUCAGACUGCUUCCGCAAUCUUACGAGCACCAGUAGGAGGAUCGCCACCACGUGAAUCGACUUGGGACAUUUUGUUGCAAGAGAAAUUCACCAUUUAUACAAAAUGCGCUAUUACAUACUCGCUGGUGUCUUUUUUAUUUCCUGUCUUCAAGAAUUUGUCGGAGGUGCGUGUCCACGAAUAUGUCCCAUCGGAGGAGAACCAGUAUGCGGUAGUGACGGGGUCAUAUACGCUUCUCAGUGCGAAAUGCGGAAGAAGAUGUGCGGAAAAGGAGUUACUGUAGCAACAGAUAAAUCUUCUUGCUUACGAUCCUCGGGCAGUAAGUGCGAGCACCGAUGUCCGGCUGAUCAGGAUCCUGUUUGCGGUACUGACGGGCGAACUUAUUUAAAUAAGUGCAUGCUGAGGGUGGAGAUUUGCAGGGUUGGUAUUGAAUUGUCCCAUCUUGGACCUUGCAAUAAUAUAUCUGCUCACCGUGAAAAUUGCCCGGUGUCUUGUGAUCUUGCGCCACUGGAUGGACCGGUUUGCGGAAGUGAUGGAAAUGUCUACAAGUCUACAUGUCAAAUGAAACUUCUUACAUGCAGACAAGGAGUUGUAAGAACAAACAAAAAGCACUGUCAGACAACGAGACAUUGCCGAGAAACGUGCUGGCGGGGUGCCAAGCCAGCUUGCGGGAGCGACGGAAUUUUAUAUGCCAACACUUGUAAAAUGCGAGCGAAAAACUGCGGUAAACACGUAUUUGAAGUCCCGAUGUCAUUCUGCGUAUCACGAGAAAGAACUUCCGGAAGUGUUGGUACAGCUUGCCCGUUAGAUUGCAAAGAAGAACCAGAGGUCGAAGUUUGUGGUUCUGACGGCAGCGUAUACAGAAAUGAAUGUGAAUUAAAAAUGCUUAAUUGCGGUCAGUCGAGAAGAAAAAUAACAGUUGUAGACUUCGAUAAAUGUAAACCACGUAUUUUGAAGUGCUCGAAACAAAUGCAAAAAUGUAGUAACGAUAUUGAUCCAGUUUGUGGUACUGAUGCUUACACGUAUCCUAAUCAGUGUCAACUAAAUGUCGGGAUUUGUAUGAAAGGAAUUCAACUUGCACACGUUGGCGAAUGUACGACCUUGAAAGAGACUGAGCAAUGCCCAGAAGAUUGCAGCAAUGAGGCUGAAGAACCUGUUUGCGGUAGUGACGGAAACGUUUACCGAUCCCUGUGCCAUUUACGACGAGAUACUUGUGGCCAGAGGGUGGUUGCCGUGCCAGCUCAGCACUGCCGUACGACAGCCCUCUGCAAUCAGAUAUGCAGCGGUGAGCGGCAGUUUGUCUGCGGUUCCGACAACAAACUUUAUCGCAACGAGUGUGAGAUGAAGAGAGACAAUUGCGGAAAACACGUGUACGUCGUUCCCAUGAAACGAUGUGUCCAAGGAUUCGUAUUCCGCGGAUGUCAGAAAAUUUGCCCGCCCUACUAUGACCCCGUCUGUGGCACAGACAACAUGACUUACAGCAACGAGUGCUUCCUAGAGAUAGAAAACUGUCGCAGUCGCAGUCUUGUUACUAAACUGUACCACGGUAUUUGCGGACAGCCCACGGAAGACCCGAAAAACUAUUUGUAUUAAAAUAAAUAAUUUAUAAUUUUAUGUUUCUUUGAGUUAAAAUUUUUUUACUGUCAUCCGACGGUUAAACAAAAUUAUUAUUAUAAUUAUCACUUGUUAAUUAUUAAUUUAAACUUCAUGGCAAUUUAUCGGUAGUAUUUACUAGCGAAUGAAAUAAAUUUUUUAAUGAUACUCGUGCGAUUAAAUCGGCAAAUUAAUUGAAAAAAAAACAUGAGUACAUAUUUUAUUUGGUUAAUAAAAAGUAUGAUAAAUCUUGCCAGUUGGUAAAUAAGUAAAUGUGCAGAUACAUUGCGUGCCUAUAAAUUUUAAUGGUUAAUUAAUUUGUUAAAUUUUUGUUAAUAUUUUUUAUAAAAAUUUUUCACGUUGUUUUUAAUUUCCUUUUUUUUUU